GGCAUAGAAAGCAGUCCAUGAAAACUCCCAAGAAUAGCUAAGGUUGCUGUAUCCUGCUACAAUGUUGCCCCGGCUGGUCUGCAUUAAUGAUUAUGAACAGCAUGCCAGAUCAGUGCUUCAAAAGUCGGUAUAUGAUUAUUACAAAUCUGGGGCAAAUGACCAGGAGACCUUGGCUGAUAAUAUUAGAGCAUUUUCUAGAUGGAAGUUGUAUCCACGGAUGCUCCGGAAUGUUGCUGAUAUCGACCUGUCGACUUCUGUUUUAGGACAGAGAGUCAGCAUGCCAAUAUGUGUUGGAGCUACUGCUAUGCAGUGCAUGGCACAUGUGGAUGGGGAACUGGCCACUGUCAGAGCCUGUCAGACCAUGGGAACUGGCAUGAUGCUGAGUUCCUGGGCCACCUCCUCAAUAGAAGAAGUGGCAGAGGCUGGCCCUGAGGCACUUCGCUGGAUGCAACUGUACAUCUACAAAGACCGUGAGGUCAGCAGGCAGCUAGUGAAGCGAGCUGAGCAGAUGGGUUACAAGGCCAUAUUUGUGACUGUGGACACCCCUUACCUGGGCAACCGCUUUGAUGAUGUUCGGAACAGGUUCAAGCUGCCGCCACAACUAAGGAUGAAAAACUUUGAAACCAGUGAUUUGGCAUUUUCUCCCAAGGGGAAUUUUGGAGACAACAGUGGACUUGCUGAAUAUGUGGCCCAAGCCAUAGACCCGUCUCUCAGCUGGGACGACAUCAAAUGGCUCAGAAGAUUGACAUCACUGCCUAUUGUUGUGAAGGGCAUUUUGAGAGGUGAUGAUGCUAAAGAAGCUGUGAAACAUGGUGUGGAUGGGAUCUUGGUGUCCAAUCAUGGGGCUCGACAAUUGGAUGGAGUGCCAGCUACGAUUGAUGCCCUGCCAGAAAUCGUCGAGGCUGUGGAAGGGAAGGUGGAAGUCUUCCUAGAUGGGGGUGUAAGGAAAGGCACCGAUGUUCUCAAAGCUCUGGCCUUGGGAGCCAAGGCUGUGUUUGUGGGGAGACCCAUCAUAUGGGGCUUGGCUUUCCAGGGAGAAAAAGGUGUUCGAGAUGUCCUUGAGAUAUUGAAGGAAGAAUUCCGGCUGGCCAUGGCUCUGAGCGGGUGCCAGAAUGUGAAAGUCAUCGACAAGACAUUGGUGAGGAAAAAUCCUUUGGCCGUUUCCAAGAUCUGACAGUGCACAAUAUUUUCCCAUCUGUAUUAUUUUUUUUCCAGCAUGUAUUACUUGACAAAGAGACACUGUGCAGAGGGUGACCACAGACUGUAACUCCCCACUUCAAUACAAAGGGUGUCCUUCUUCUCCAACAAAAUAGCGAUCCCUUUUCGUUCAUUGCUUUUGACUUUUCAAUGGGUGUCCUAGGAACCUUUUAGAAAGAAAUGGACUUGCAUCCUGGAAAUAUAUUAACUGUUAAAAAGAAAACAUUGAAAAUGUGUUUAGACAACGUCAUCCCCUGGCAGGCUAGAGUGCUGGGAAACAAAAGCUAUCCUCUGGUAAAAUUGGAGGUAGUAUGCUCAAGUCAAAGAUAAUGACCUCACUGUUUAUUAACCUGUCUUAUGUUUAGAUUUCCUUAAGACAGUGGUUCUUACAGUGUGCGCUGGGCUUUGAAAUGCUGGAAAUGCCCAAAGAAACAUGAGGUUUGGAUCUGCCAUGUUGAGAAAACAGCACUAGGUAGAAUUGAAAUGGAUGGUGAUAAUUUGUGAUUUUCUAGAGACUUUUUGUCUUUUAGCACCCUAGUUCUUUGAAGGUAGAUUUCCAGCCAUAUAUUAAGUGUCUGAAUACAUCUGAAUGUUGUGCACUAGUCACCUCAUUUGAAAAGGAUGUGUUCAGUCCCCUUGGGACAAUAUGGAGCUAUUUUCAUUUUUGAACUCUGUCUACUUAUUCCCAUUUUUGAGGUGUUGAUUUCCCAGUUCCCCCGGAAUCUUUCUGGAUUCUCUCAUUCUCCUCAUUUAUACUCGCAUUCAGGGUCAAGUACAUAUUUUGUGCUUUGUAUUCAUGGUGAAUAAAGAUUUGAAACUUUUGUUCAGAAGGAAGCAAAAACUAUAGUAAUUUUCUUAAUUGUUGAUGUUGCCUUCUUUGUUUUUUUCUAUUUAAUGCCAUUCUUCCUUGGGCAUGGGGAGGUGGAGACACUCUACCAUGCCAACUGAAGACCCUACAAAGUGAUGACAGUUUUCACUUGCACCUUGCCCUUUUGUACCCAUGCCUCAGGACUCGUACAGUGUGGCAGAGCUUGACUCAGAAUACACCCCACUUGUCUCAUUGAAUGCUACUUAAAAGACACAGUUUUGAAGGUAAAAUUGUUAGUGUUUUAAAGACAACAACCAAAGAGCAUCAAACCCUGGACAUGAGAACCCUUUUGCAUGUGGAACCCUGGACACUGUGAAGGUAACAAUACAGGGCUGUUAGUUUUACCAAAGAGCCCUCUCUGCAAUGGGAAGCACACCUGGCUUCUGAAGUAAUUUUGUUGAAACAUGGAAUGUUGAAUGAAGCCACUGAAGGAAUCACCAUCUUAAAGGAUGACUGUUAUGUUGCUUUAUGAUUUUGUUUGUCUUGUGAUCUUCUCCACCUGAUUUCUGAAUCCCAGAUCAUUGCUAAAUGACAGCAAUGCAGACACGAUUUUCCUUUUGAAGUCACAUCAAUGUUUGAGUAAAACAAGCAUUCAUUUACUCUGAUAAAAUUAGGGACAGUUAGCUCUCAUCUUUUCCUCCAGAUACAGAGGAAAUGUUAUCUUCAUAUCAUAUCAUGCUGUUAUUUCUAGUUAAUUAGUGAAGAUGUAUGCCCAACUGAUUAGUAGAAACUUUUGCUGUUAGUGUGUAAUAUUCAUUGUGGCUACAUUGCUCCAUCCUAAAAUGCUGACAGUAGUUCAGGAAGUGAAGUUCCACAAGAAGGAUUUAUUCAAAUUACAACAAGGGUGGAUAUAGAUUAUAAAUUUCCUGUAAUUUUUACAAGCUCAGAACUAUGCCAUGUAGAUUUCUCUUUGUGCCUUCAAAGUUAGACUAUGUCUAAAAACCCCAUGCUGGAUAAGUUUUCCAUAACCAGAACGAUAUGGUUGUUUGGAUCCAUUGGUAACAAAUACGGAUACAGGAAUGGUCGAAGGCAAGAAUGGAGAGUGUUGGUUACACAUUCCUUUCCAGGAGUUCUGCCAUUAAAUUUUGUAAUUGUC